GACCUCUAUGACAGAAUGGGCAAGGGAUACAGUCAGUCACACAGAUGUACACUGUAUUAUCCUUGGAGCCAGCCAUGUUAAGUACUGGCAGCCGGUUGUGCGCGGUUACAUCAGUGAUAACAUGAACAGUUUCGACAGUGGGGGCGAUUAGCAUGAUACAAGGAUGUUUAGGAGUCCCCAGCUACUGACCUCAACAGGGCGAAGAGGGACCCAUAUUUCACUGCUACUCCCCAAAGAGGCUCUGCAAUCCCUUGGCCCCAUAGCUCUACACCACAAGUGGAAUGGGGAAGAGAGAAAAAGCCAGAGUGCCCUCAGAAAGAGAAAGGAGCUUGAAAGAGAACUACCUCAGGAUCCUCUUGUGACAAAUGAAGAAAUCUGUCUCAGAAAAACUAAAGGACCAUCUCUCCGUCUCAGCCCUCCAAUCCCAAACGAACCUAACAGAAUUACUCCUCAAUUGCAAUGCUCCAACCCAACUGUGAAAACAAAUUUUGUCAGUAAUAGUAGCCCACACCCACAGUCUUCUCGAUGGCUUAUUCCACCAUACGAGCACAGCCAACAAAACGGUUCACCCAAGUAUUCGACCAGUCCUGACUCCCUGUGCAGGUCUGAUCUCAAGUGCCUAUUGCUGCAUAACCACAGCCCUGCUGCGCAUAGUCUGCAGCAGACAGGUGGCGGCACCACCACUGCACAUAACGCAGAUGGUCAUCAGUAUUCUUGCAUAUCAGUGUCCUCUCCCCAUGGGCCUCAAAAGCCACUAUCUCCUCCCCAUCGGCCAAACACAUAUGCCCCUAAACUAUGGACUCGCAGGGCAGCGGCUUCUGCAGCAGGUGGCUUCAUGCUGCCGACACCACCUCGCCUAUGGGGCCGGGUGUGUGCCGCUUCUUUUUACAGCGCGCCCUCUUCCCGGCUGAAGGUGGCUCCGAGUUACUGCCUGUCUUCGGAAAACGAGGCGCGGUGUCGUAAGAGGCUGCAGCCCAACGCGGCGCUCUACCAGAAGGAUCAGGGGAAGAACUGGGCCGCCGUACUGGUGAGCCUGUGCACCGUCGGGGGAGAGCCCGCCUUCCUCUUCACCCUCCGCUCCAACCAGCUCAAGGGCAGGCACAAGGGGGACGUCAGUUUUGCAGGCGGUAAGAAGGACCCUGUGGACCUGGACUUGGUGGCCACUGCUCUGCGGGAGGCGCGAGAGGAGCUGGGGGUUACCGUGCCAACGGAGCAGGUGUGGGGCGUCCUCAAGCCCCUCAGGGACAUGUCUGGCAUGCUGAUUGCUCCGGUCCUGGCCAACCUUGGUCCCCUGGAGCCCCUGUCCUUUCGGCCCAAUCCCGGAGAGGUGGAGGAGAUCUUCACGGUCACGCUGGCCCACGUGUGUAACCCGGACAACCAGGGAUACACAAACUUCCGCAUGGGCAACAAGUACGGAUACACACUACCUGUGUUCCGGAAUGGGAAGCACCGCGUGUGGGGGCUCACUGCCGUAGCCCUCGAGCACACUCUCAAACUCAUUGUGCCACCGUAGCAAGUGUGCACGCACACACACACACACACACACACACACACACACACACACACACACACACACACACACAGAGCGUGUUCAGGCCGACAGAAUCAUCCCGGUGCCCAUUCCUGCACCUAAUGUCGAAUCGAGUGCCAGGAAAGUUUGUUUGCAAUACAAACCGAGAAAUAUUGCAAUUGGUUCUAAUCUACAAAGUGAUAAUGUAAACAAUGCAAUAAUGUAAAAGUCAGCACAUUCAUCCUGGUAACGCAGUCACAUGCAGUUAAGUACACACCAAGGUGUGAACAUAGACCACAGUUUUGUUGUGACCAUAACUGGUGCAGGAAUGACCACCAGCACUGCCUCUGGCGGGCCUGAAAACACGCAACCCACCAUUACUGACUACGGCAAGUCAAGCUGCGAUGACUCAUCAUGUUGUGUCCUCAUGGUUCGUACUUUUACCUCAUACACAAUAUAGUCAGACACGCAUAGAUCUUACCUUUUUAGGAGUUGAAAUCCUAAAUGUGGAAAAAAAUGUGAUUUAAAAGGAAAGGCUUCAGCCACUCCUGAAGCUGUUCAUGACAAAUGAUCUGGCAUGCAGUAUCUGCUGCUGGUGCCUGUUGCUGUCUUUCUCUUUCUGCUUUUGUAUCUGUGGUAAGGUAGAAAUCAUGACCACCAUACUAUAGAAUGUGCAUAUCUGUCUCAAAAGGGUGCUUGACUAUGCAAAGUCAGCUCAAACAAUAAUGUCUGCAACAUCAGGCUCACAUUUUUUUAAAAAUAUGACUUUUCGGGUAACAUGCCCCUUAUCAGAUGUGAAGUCAUAUUUGAAUAGAGAAAUUGGAGCCUAAUGUUACAGACCUUAUUUUUGUUGUCCCUUCAUACUGUAAAAGCCUGGAAAAAGAAGCCAUUUUGUAUUUCUACCCAGGUUAAAUCCAUGGCAUCAUACUGUAUUCAGGAUGUAUUGGCACAAAUUCAAACAUAAAAGUUAAGGUGGUCAUUAAUGGCAAAUUGACACUGUUAAAGAUACUUAAGGAUAUAAGCUACAAUGCAUCAUCUGACUGUCUCACCCGACAUUCACAUUGGCCACGUUCAUGGGGGCGCAUUUCUGUGCCGUCUGCGCAGGGCGCAUGCGCAACGUGAAGAAAAAUGGUUAGAAAAAAAUGGCUUGAAAUGGUGAAGUGCGCAAUGCACAGAUUGCGCAGCAGUGCGCUUUCACGAAUGCGACCAUUGCCACUGACUGACAGUUGAUAGUUGACGGUAGGUGUGUCUGACAGAAUGGGGGUUGUCUUUUCCUGUGUCUAAUUGGCUGAUGGGUCCGCCACAGCUGUCAAAAGUUAAAAAGUCAUAACUUUUUGAGUAGGCAAUGUAGCCAACAGUCCCCACAGUGCAUUUUGCGCCUGGCCAUGCAAAAUCAAUGUUAUCCAUCAUCACUCAGUGGCAGUGUGAAUGCUGGGUCAGCGUGGUCUACAAGUAGAUACAUUGAAUAGACAGGCUGGCAACUGGUAAAAUAAUUAUUCACAAAAUAGUAAAGUGAUAAUAGUCAACAGCAAUCAGUCAUUUUUCGGGUGCAAUAGACAUGUUGUGCUAUGGUGCAGUUUUCUUUUCAUUGAAGUAAGUAAUAUAUUUAUAUCCCAUUUUUCAGUACAUAUCACACAAGAUGUACUUGUACAAAAUGUUUUGAAUACAUUUUAUUUUAAGACAUGUUUAAAACCCUUGGGUGUUUGUUGUCAUUGCAGAUAGGGUUGUUGAAAGAAAGAAAACAGCAAAAUAUUCCCAUACAUUGAUGUUUUCAAAAGCUAGCAAUGCACCAAAAAUGCCCAUGUCUUUGGGCUCACUAAACCUUUGGCAGUCUGUCUUGUGGGCUGGUUGGGGAGGGGUGGGGGGCCCUUUUCAUUCUAAGGGCCACUUUCAAUUCCUCCAAGGGUCGUAAAAGUCCUCCAAAGGCCGUACUAUGAACACACACCAGGAUUUCCCCCUUUUUUGAAGGCAACCACCUUUAAAACAGACCCCACCUUCUCUAGGUCCCCUGACAUAUAACUUAGUUGUAUUGCAAAUGUGAUUUCUAAGAUUCGUUUACAAAAUGUCAUAUUUCAUGUGAAGCUGCAUAACAUUAAAAUUAUAUUCGGGGGCCGGAUAAAACCGCCUCAAGGACCGUUAACGGCCCUUGAGACAUUCGUAAGUUCCCCACCCCUGCCUUAGUGUGACGUCAAAUUGGCUGGGGAACAUCCGCAAAAAACAAACGCAAAACGUCAGCUGGCUUAAAUUUGUAUUUUCAUGUAUGUGAAUGCUGAAUGAAUUCAUGAAUUUCCUAUGAGCUUUGUUGUCUGGUUUGAUGGUAUUGAGGCCGGCACAAUCUCGUCUUUACCUCAUGUCAGGCCAUGCGGUCAGCCAUCUAGCCACUCCAGCCAACAGGGGUUUUGUUUGAAAUCCUCUGACUGGCGUGGAGUAAUGCAUUCCAAGCUAGAAAUUGUGACGUUUUUGGACCAAAACGGCCUUGUAGUACCACACUGUACCGAUUUCUAUUAGACUCAGAGACUAGCUUACAGGGUUCCCACAGGUGCUUGAAAUCCUUGAAAAUAUGUGGACUUAAAUAUUGUGCUUCCAAGGUUUUAAAAUACUUUUUUGUCUGAAGUGCUUGUACAUAAAUGGUUGGAAGUGUCAGUGCAGCAAUAUUUAUUGGUUGUCUGAAUCAGUAAUAGAGAGAAAUAAAAUUAGUUCGUAUGAUCCUGGCAUUGUGACAU